AUGUCUCUGCGUCCGUCCACUGCUCCUCUGCGUCCCCCUUUGCCUUCUCCUCCUGAGUCCUCUCUUCCUGCUCUUCCUGACCCGGAGUCGGACUCUCUUCGUGCUGCCAGUCCUACUGUCACGCGUCUCCUUGCUACUGUUGUCACUGACCCUUCCUUUGAGUCCACUGCUGCGUCUGCCCUAGUUACUGAGCUCGUCGACUUUGCUGCUCGCUGUCGUCUAGACUACGCUGCUAGUCUGUUGCUGAGUCUGAGUCUGCAGGAGGAGUUCCAGUGUUUGGCUGCUGCUUCACCUCAUCUCGUGUCCGUACUGCUUACCCCUGAGGGAGACCCGGAUGCACUUGACAUCCCGACUCCGCGCUCUUACGCGGAGGCGAUAGAGGGUCCCUACUCCUCUCAGUGGCAGGCAGCUAUGGACGCAGAGAUGGCUUCCUGGAAGUCCACAGGCACCUACGUUGACGAGUUCCCCCGCCUGGGGCGAACAUCGUCAGUGGCAUGUGGAUUUUCAGGGUGA